AUGCUUCAUCCUAUCCUCGAUAUCAGCAACUUCAAUGUGGUUCUUACAUUCUCAGGCAAGACCCCAUCAACCCAGUCUGUCCGCAUAUUCCUACUGGUCUUUGGCUUCCUUUCGCUCAAGGUCAAGCAGAAAUGGUACCUUGGUGAAGCAUGUAAGUUGUAUUCCUCUCCUUCCUGCUGGCUCACUCCUGACCUUUCAGUGCCAUCAUUUGUGAUCGGCGCUAUACUAGGACCAUUCUGCACGAACUUGAUCAAUCCGAGCAGAUGGAGUAACAACGAUGAAGACGGGGAUAUUGCCUACGCAUUGACACGAUUGGUAAUUGGAAUCCAAAUGGUGAAAGUGGGCUAUGAGUUACCGAAACAAUACCUGCGACGACGCCUGGUCGAGCUGACUAUCUGUCUGCUUCCUCUCAUGACAAUACAGUGGCUGGCGACGUCAUCCUGUAUCUUACUGAUGAUUCCUCACCUAUCUUUCCUGACAGCCUUGAUCAUCGGAUCCUGUGUCAUCUGCAUCGACCCCGUUCUUUCACAAUCCAUCGCAAAGGGCCCCUUUGCUGACAAGUAUGUACGAAGACACCUGCGAGAAUUUAUAUCUGCCGAGGCGGGAGGAAAUGAUGGGUUUGGAUUUCCGUUCUUAUUGCUUUCCAUAGCAAUUUUGCGAUACGCAGACGCGCCCCAGCAUAGCCUGAACAAGCGGGACUGGAUUGGAGCGAUGGACACUGGCCGAUUCGGAGGAAACGCCGGUCGUGCCUUGGCACAUUGGGCAGUUGAAGGAGUGUUAUACAUGAUCAUCAUGGGGGCUGGAUACGGGUUGUUCGUGGGAUUUGUAAGUCGGAAGAGCUUAAACGUGGCUUCAAAGAGGAGAUGGAUUGACAAGGAGAGCUUUUUCCUGUGUCCGAUUGCCAUUGGGCUAUUUGUCGUGGGCACUUGCGGCUGUUUUGGGUCGGACGAGACACUGGCAUGCUUUAUUGCUGGAUGUGCAUUGAACUGGGAUGGACUGUACCAUUCCGAGGCCGAGGCCCGACAUGACUCGUUCAAUGCGACCAUAGAAACCGUGUUGAACUACGGCACAUUCAUCUUUGUUGGCGCAAGUAUGCCCUGGGACGAGCUUCAUCUGCCAACGGAUACUGGGAUCACUAUUUCUCGACUGGUCAUUUUGGGUUUCUUGAUAUUACUGUUUCGUCGUAUCCCCGCAAUUAUGCUGGGAUAUCGAUUCAUGCCAAAGGUCUGCAGCGACUGGAAAGAAGCUUUGUUUAUGGGCUAUUUUGGACCAAUCGGCGUGGGCGCAAUUGCUUAUGUUGAAUACGCCCGACGAUUACUUCCAGACCCAGGACAGAGUCAAGAUGAUGCGGAAAUCAACCAUCUCACGGCAGCGAUGAUACCUGUCCACGGCCUCUCAAUACCAGCAUUGAACUGCAUAUACAAGUUACUAAGAGUACCCGUCAUUCAAGACCACCCAGUUGAAGUUCAGCUUCUCUCCGAAAAUGAGCCAGUUCCCAACAACAGUGUCGUUAACCGAAGGGGACAUUCAAUGGUGCUUAAUAACCGAUUUUCUUGCAUCUCCGAUGGGUCCGAGACUUCCCUUUCAAACCACCGACACGAGGAGCCCGAUAUUAUCAUGUCACGACUAAGUAGGCAACACUAUCCAGGGUCACCGGCGGGAUCGUCGACCAAGGGAUCCUCACACCAAGUUGAAUGUCAAGCGAGGGAAAUGGUUUAA